AUUGUUACCACCACUAAGUAUCUGGCUAUAUGUCACAAGGAUUCUCUUUAAAGGGAUGGGAGAUGGAGUUCUGUGGGGUCUAGGAUCAGCAGCAUUUUGGUGAUGAAAUUAUUAAAACCCUGACUUUGGGAUCUGUUGUAGCCAUAGGACUUUCCUUUGAAAGGUGAAGAGCCUUCUUUGGGGUUUGUACCAAAUGAACACACAGAUGUGACCAGCUGUGAGUUGAGGUAUUAUUUGAAGGAGGGAGGGAGGCAUGGGCACUUCCACUAUCGUUAAAGCCUGUGCCUGGUCUGGAUCUCCCAGCAGGACUAGUUGACCAUGGAGAAAGGGAACCACACGAGCACCUCUGCGUUCAUCCUCCUAGGGCUCUCCAGCCAGCCUGAGAGGCAGGAGCUGAUCUUCGGGCUCUUCCUGGUCAUGUACCUGAUUGGGGCAGCAGGGAACCUGCUCAUCAUCCUGGCCAUUGUCUCAGACUCUCACCUCCACACGCCCAUGUACUUCUUCCUCAGUAACCUCUCCCUGGUGGAUUUCUGCUUCAUCUCCGCCACAGUCCCCAAGAUGCUUGUGAACAUCCAGAUGCAGACUCAGUUCAUUUCCUAUGGUGGCUGCCUAACUCAGAUCUACUUCUGCAUUUUGCUUGCCAACAUGGACAACUUCCUCCUGACAGCAAUGGCUUAUGACCGCUAUGUGGCCAUCUGCCACCCUCUGCAUUACUCCACUAUGAUGAGUCUGCAAAUCUGUGCCCUGACACUGGGGAGCUCCUGGCUCAUCGCUAACUUCCACUCCCUGCUACACACCCUCCUCAUGGCUCGACUGGAGUUCUGUGCCAGCAACGUCAUCCCUUACUUCUUUUGUGACCUCGUUCCCCUGCUCCAGCUCUCCUGUUCCAACACUCAACUCAACCAGCUCAUGAUUCUGCUGGUGGGAGGCUUGAUCGUCCUCAUCCCCUUCGUUGGCAUUCUCAUCUCCUAUGUCCACAUUGUGUCUGCUGUGCUCAAGGUCCCAUCUGCCAGAGGCAAACAAAAGGCCUUUUCUACCUGUGGUUCCCAUCUCACUGUAGUCAUCCUCUUCUAUGGGACUAUCACAGGGGUCUACCUGAACCCCUCAUCUUCCCAUUCAGCUGACAAGGAUUCACUAGCUUCAAUAAUGUAUAUGGUGGUCACUCCCAUGCUGAACCCCUUCAUUUACUGCCUCAGAAACAAGGACGUGAAGAGAGCUCUAAGGAAACUGUUCACUGUAAAGGCUUUAUCCUGUGGGCUAUGGACAGCAGAGUUCCCCCUCAGGAUCUCUGUGCUGGGAAGAGGAGAAUGAAUCCCAGGGACAGGCUGCACAUGCAGAGGGCAGGAGGAACACAGACUUCAUUAUCCUGGGUUGUCACCAUGGCUAUGGCUCUCUAAGAAAUUUGCUAGUCCAAAAUUUCUUGGGGCCUGGCCAGGUAGUUCAGUUGAUUAGAGCGUCAUCCCAGUACAUCAAGGUUGUAGAUUUGAUCCUCAGUCAGGGCACAUACAAGGAUUAACCAAUGGUUGCAUCAAUAACUGAAACAAGUCCUGGCUAGUAUGGUUCAGUUGGUUGUGCGCAACCAAGUCACCGAAAGGUUGCUGGUUCAGUCUCCA